UCUCCACCCAUUCAGCAUCUGUAGAGCUCAGUGCGUAAAAACAGCAGCUGAGUGCGCAUCGCGGUGAACAACCGGCUCCGGUAACAGUAGUUAGUACCCGACCGCAGUCUCAGAAAGUUGACUUUAUUAUAGUUUCAUCCAGCAGAAUCUUUCCCAGACUCGAGCCUCGGCGGGGACAUGCCGGAACCCGAGGGAACCCGUCGGUCACCGCAAGGUGUCCCCUACACCGACCUGCGGCACAUUGUCAGUGCCGACGGACUGCACCUGUUCUGCCGUUACUGGGAGCCCGACAGUCCGCCGAAGGCGCUGGUGUUUGUUGCUCAUGGAUUAGGAGAACAUUGUGGGGGAUAUGCCGACAUUGCUCACAGUCUCACCCAACAUGGCAUGCUGGUGUUCUCCCACGACCACGUUGGUCAUGGUCAGAGUGAAGGUGAAAGAAUGAAUAUUAAUAACUUCCAGACCUACAUCAGAGAUUCCCUUCAGCACAUUGACAUCAUGAAGGGGCAGUACCCCAACCUGCCAGUCUUCAUCAUUGGCCACUCAAUGGGAGGGGCCAUUUCUAUUCUGACUGUUUGUGAAAGACCACAGGACUUUGCAGGUGUGGUUCUUAUAGCCCCCCUGGUUCAAAUGAAUGCAGAGUCUGCUACACCCUUCAAGGUUUUUAUGGCUAAAGUUUUAAACCGAUUAGCUCCCAAGCUUUCUCUCGGCACUAUUGACGCAAGAUGGAUUUCACGGGAUCCUAAGCAGGUGGAGGCAUAUGACACAGAUGAACUAAAUCAUCACGGAGGGCUGCGUGUCUCACUUGGAAUACAGUUGAUGAAUGCUGCCGCUCGCAUUGAGAAAGAACUGUCCAACAUCACAUGGCCCUUCUUUAUUCUGCAUGGCGAUGCUGACAAGCUUUGUGACAUCAGAGGGUCUCAUCUAAUGUAUAAUGAGGCCAAGACCACAGAUAAAAAAAUUAAGGUAUACGAAGGAGCUUUCCAUGCACUACAUCAUGACUUACCCGACACAGUUGAAUCAGUCUUAAAGGAGGUGAGCACAUGGAUUCUGGAGAGAGUCCCUACCCCUAAUGGGUUUUAGCUCUCAAUCCCAAAAUGCACAAUUGCCCAUAUCUAAUUCGUACUGACAAAGGAUGUCUGACUGCACUACAUGCCAACAAAACUACACUCAUUAUGAUUAAUCUAAGAGAAGAGGUCAAUGGUAUGUGAACUUUGACCCAAAUGUUCUUUAAUAUGGCAUUGUAAAGGUUUUGUAAAAAAAUGUUUUAAGUCUGUAACCCACACUUCUAAGGUAUUAGUACCGCAGGGCAUGAUGUUACCGUAGCAAUUAUAAAGAAGGAUAUGAUGAAGCCGGUUGCCACGGUAAUGGAACACAGCUCACCUUUGCUCUGUUAUGUCCAGCACCUGCAUAUUAGAGAUGCAGUUCUGCCCCUGCUGGACAACAGCGACAUUGCGUUUUGCUUUGAGCUCAGUUACCAAGGCAACUCCAACUCUAAUAUAUAUUGCCUUGCAUUGGCAGAAAAACAAAUUGAACCUAAAGAGAUGGUAAUAUGUGGAAAGAUUCAAAAUGUCUGCCAAGCUUCUUUGACACUGCAUAGAGAUUAAACAGACUAUCUAUAGAAGCAUAUAGAAACAUAGGAGAGAACGAAACGUUUGUUUACAAAUUUCUUAAGGUUUGACUGUUUUAAAGAGACUGUUGCAUUUCUUUGAGCAUUCAAAUAUAAAUAUAAAAAUUGUUAAAAGCUGAUUCUUUCUUGGGCUGUAAUAUCCCAUUCCUUUAUUCUUACCAGUGUUGGUUUUGUUGACUAUGUUACUUAGUAAAAAUAUGGUUACUGUUAAAAUGACGAUAUGUUCACAAUUGCUUUUGUGACCUCAGGGUUAUAGAGAGAUCAGCUAGGGUGCUCGUGAGGUUUGUAGCUCUAAAUAAACAUUCAGUUGUAAAAGGUCAGUUUUUCACAUCAUCUAAACAUUUAAUGCGCCUCACUCAGAACUGUUCUGAUUCAGACAAGGGGGGGUUUGUUAUAGAGAUUUGCUUCUAAGCUGUAGAGGCAUUUUUAUCAAUGAAUGUGAAUCAAUAAAGGUUUUUCUAUUCCUGACCGUGGCACAUUUUUAAUAUAAGAAACACAAAAAAUGAUUGUUGAAUUUUUAUAUAUUGUCAUUGAGCCAUGUACUUAAGAUCUGUUUUGAAAUAACACUGCUAUCUGUGAUAUGUGUGCAGAACUGAUAUGGCCGGCACAUAAAUGUACAGCGUGUACAGUUCAAUCUUAGAGAGAAGUUUUGCUUACAUAAAAAAUGGUUCUCAUCUAACAUGUUGAUGUCAAAUAUGAUGUCGUUUGGUUGUAUAAAAUAUGCAUAACCGGUUCAAGACAUGAAAAGCAUUUAUAGAACAAAGCAGCUUAUCUUUAAUAGGAAUGAUUUUUUUGUGACUGACUGUUUUUCUAACUGUUUUAAAAAUCUUCCUUAAGUGGAAGUGCCAGUGGCACUGUGAUUGGAUUCUCAAAGUAAAUUACAUUUCUCAAUAAUGCAUUGUUGCAGAUUGAUUCAUGUAAGAACCACUAUACAGUUGUAUUGUUCUAGCACAGACUAUAUUAAAAAAGUUUUUUAAUUCCUAAUAUUAAAAGGCUGUAAUAUAUUGAAUAUAGAAAUCAAUAAUAUGACUCAUAUAACUGUCGGAUUUAACUGAAUUAUUUUACUUAUUUUAUGAAUGUUUAAUAUUAUGAAAUAAAGUCUAAAUUAUAAAUGUU